GAAAGUACGGAAGCCUGUGAAGUCAAUCCGCGUACGGAAGCCGCCGAGGCUUUCCGAGCACACGCGCGUUUCUCGGUAGGCACACUGCAUCAUAGUACACAAUCAUCAUGGCGGCGCAGGACGGAGAUGAGGGGAUCACGAUGGAGACCGAGGCCAGUGUGAAUGAUGAUUCUGCGCUGUGUGUGACUGCCGUUGAAGGAGGGGACAACGAGGCCACUACCGCCGGUGCCCAAGCUGACGGGGAAAAGCUUGCAGACCUGGGAUCAGCUGUCAGCAACGGAGGCGACACCGACGACGGCAAGGAAACUGUAGAUCUGAAAAUAAUCUGGAACAAGAACAAGUACGAUUUAAAAAUCCCCCUGGAUGGGACAGGAGCCAACUUAAAAGAAAGGAUUCAUUCACUUACAGGUCUUCCCCCUGCUAUGCAAAAAGUAAUGUAUAAAGGACUGCUACCUGAGGACAAGACACUACGAGAAAUCAAAGUGACUAAUGGAGCCAAAAUCAUGGUCGUGGGAUCUACGAUAAAUGACGUGCUGGCAGUAAAUACACCAAAAGAAGUCAUGCAGCAAGAAGUGAAAGCUGAAGAAAAUAAAAAAGAGCCUUUAUGUCGGCAAAAGCAACAUAGAAAAGUGCUGGAUAAAGGAAAACCAGAGGAUAUAAUGCCUUCAGUUAAAGGGGUGAAGGAGCGCUUACCUACAGUGCCUUUAUCAGGAAUGUAUAACAAAACAGGCGGGAAAGUGCGGCUCACAUUCAAACUGGAACAGGAUCAGCUGUGGAUUGGAACUAAGGAGAGAACAGAGAAGAUUCCAAUGGGCUCCAUCAAGAAUGUGGUUACUGAGCCAAUUGAAGGCCAUGAGGACUAUCACAUGAUGGCAUUUCAGUUGGGUCCCACAGAAGCCUCUCAGUACUGGGUGUAUUGGGUGCCUGCACAGUUUGUUGAUGCAAUCAAAGACACAGUCCUCGGGAAAUGGCAGUAUUUUUAAAUGUGCCUCCUCUCUUGACAAUGAAGAACUGGGAUACCGACCACACAGGAUCAAAGGAGAAGUCGAAGGAAAGACGCGUUAUGAGGAAAGCCGAAGAACUUUGAUUUGAAGCUGAAGAAAGAAAUAGAAGAAAACUAAAUGGAUGAUGGUGGACACAUUGUUUUGGGUUCAUUUAAGAAAAAGCUCAGAGUAGCAGUAUCCCGUUUCUAGGCCUCUCAUAACAUUUUUAAGGCAACUCUUACAAGAAUUGUACAUAAGUUAUGAUUAUUGUUUUUUUUCUCCCGGUCCUUCACAAAGAAAUAAAAUUUAUUUAAGAACAAAAAAAUUGCCCUAGGACACUUCCAUAGAGUAUGUUUGUCUGCUGUAUAGAAUAACCUAAACAAGCCAAAGUUAAUUAUGGACUCGCCUCUAACGUAGAUUAGCCUUUGCUCACAGUGCCAUCCAAGUGUGUAAAUCAAAAGGCAAAAUAUUUAUCCUUAACAUUUUUAGUUGCUGGUUCUGUGUAGAUUAUCUGAAGUAAACAAACAUGCCAAAAGUGAACAGGGGCAUGAACAACUCCCCAUUCUCUGGAUUAUGGGUACGAUUUAAAAGAAGGCCUUUUAUUUCUCCAAUGAAUCGCGCUGAAUGUCGAAGGAGCAGCUAGCUUAAGGAGAUGUGUGUGCGAUAAGCCUUCCUGCCUCUAGUUCCCCGUGCAUAAAUUCUCAGUACAUUGAAAUGCUGUGAGUCACGUAUGUUGCUGGUCACUGUUGAGUCUGAAAGUGAAACUAAUGGUGCUUUUCCAGGGGCAUACAGGAACCAGGCCGUAUCUGAGCCGUAUUGAGAAGAGAGACUAGUUAAAGCGCAGAUCCAACUUGCUUCAGUUGUCCACUGCAGAAAGGUCGGCAAGAUAAAAGCGUUGCCGGGUUUGACGAGCAACAGUAAAGGAAACUUAAGACUGUAAAUAGCAUUCACUAUAGUAAAAUUUGCAACUUCUAAAUUAGAGUGAAUGCAUCAAUACAUUGUGAUGUGUGGUACUACUAAAAAUUAAUAAUAUAGAAUGUCUCCUUUUUAUUUCAGAUAAUACAUGCCCGAAAAUCGGUAUCUCCAUGCAUUUCAACCAAUCAGGUGGUGGUGACACAACUUGCUCAGUUUAGUCAUGCUUUCAGCCCUGAUAGUACGCAGGGCUGUGUCCGAGUGGGUACAGGUUAGGUACGGCUCGGAUAAUUUGUAAUGGAAAAUAGUCUCUUCGUGGUUCAGCUCGGAUAAGGCUUGGUUUUUUGGUGGCAGUGGAAAAGCACCAUAACAAAAGUCCUACCUGCUCUGCGAUACAAAACAAUUUGGCAGACUGACAGGUCCACCUUCAGAACAGUGUUUUUAUUUGCCAAAAAAGGUAGCUACACGUAUACCAUAAUCUGACUGUUUAUCAAAUAGUGUAUUCUACUUCAUGUAACCCUUGGAAUAUACAAAUGUAGUUCAAUACAUUCUAUGAUCUGUCCAAUCUAAAAUAAUCUUUAUCCUCCAGAAAUGGUAUAGCUUUGUUUUAAUGUUGAAAUAAGACAGGUAGACUUGGCUGAAGCAGUUCUUCACCUCUGUUACAUUUGAUUACUGUCCCAUUAAUAUAUCAAUUAAUAAUUGUAUUUGCAACAAUUGCUUAAAUUGUAAAGGGACUUCUCUGUUCCUUUUACACCCAUUGAGUCUUGUUUCUCUCAGUGAAAAAUAGAGAAACCUGUCAAAUCUGUACCUGUCCAUGUUGUUGACUGUAUACAAGCUGGUUCACACGAAAUGUUGUAAGAAGCAGAGAAGUCUAUUUAUUUAUUAUUUUUUACCUGAUUAUUAUUAUUUUUUUAAUCACACAACCAUGUAUAACAUGUGCUGAACUGCUGGAGAUAUGAGCCUGAAUAUUUUUCACACACGCACACACACCUUCAAACAACUUCACAGUAUUUUUUUUUAUUCGUACUGUAUCGUUACAUAGAGGUACUAUAAUUAUACAAAAUAUGGAAAAAGCGGUAUACAUGAUGGAUUUUAUAUUUGGAAAAAAAGUUCAUUUUUUUAAACCGCCAUAGAACAUUGAAAUUAUUCUAGGUUUAAAAGAUGCAACAGCACUAACUAUUGAAUUCUACACGUCAUAUUUUAGUCCUUAUAGCAACUGUUUAAAAAGACAUUAUUCUCUGUUAUUGGAGAGGAUGUAUCAGCUUAUAAAGCACAGCCUGCAUUCUUCAGGAACUUGUUAUAGAGUUUAUUUUAAAAGUUUAUGGCUAAGCAAAGACACCGCAAUCGUGGAUCCUGGCACAACAGUUUACAGAGGAUGUUUAGUUUUCCCUAGUGCACAGCUGUAGAAAUUAUGUCUGGGCAUUUGCGUUUUAUGCUCUGGUUUUUACUUCCGUGUAGCCAAAGAACAUCAAUCUCUGUAUCCCACGAACAGCAGAGGUAGCUAAAAGGCAGUGAUGCAUGGCUGUGGAUUGAAUCUUAAUGUCUUGGUAGAAGUUUUGUUACAGAAACCUGUUUUAAAGCUAAUUUGCUGGUAUAGAUUCACAAAACGAUGCUGAAACUUUGAUUUUCAUUUAUUUUGCACUAAGAUAAAAUUUUAUUAAUUGGGAAUUACCAAAUAUUAAAAAUAUAGUUUUUUUCUGAUUUUAUACUAAGCUUUGAUUUAUUGAGUACCAUUACCUGAUGUUACAAUAGGAAAUAAAUAUUUCAGUUUACAUUCAAAACA